AUUCCGAAGUCUUUGUUCGCUCUUCCAGUCCUGCAACGUCUUCUUCUGGUUGAGAAUCAGCUAGUUGGCUCACUGGAAGACAUUCCUGCUCCUUUAUCCUCACCAUUGAGGGCUAUUCUUUUAAGAAAUAAUCAAAUCACAGGCCCAAUACCCAAAUCAUUUUUUCAGCUUACGAAUCUUCGGGUUCUUGGUCUUGAAUCAAAUAAAUUGACAGGCACAAUAGAACUUGGCUCUAUCUGGAGGUUGAGAAAUCUCACCUAUCUUAGCCUAAGUGAUAAUAUGAUAUCGCUCAUUGAAAAAGAAGGUGAUACGAUAUUCUCUCAUUCCCUUAAAAUCCAGCACCUACACCUCGCAUCUUGCAACCUUACAAAAUUUCCAGCAUCAUUAAAAUAUCUUGACACUAUUCGAGGUCUCAACCUUUCGAAUAACCAAAUCGAAGGGGCCAUACCAAGUUGGGUAUGGGAGAACCACCUUUAUGUUUUGGUCCUCUCCCACAACAUGUUUAUUACAUUAGAGAAGUCUCCUAUUGUUCAGAUGAAACAUAUAUAUUUUCUUGAUCUAAGUUUUAAUAGACUUCAAGGAAGCAUACCAGUACCAUUAACUUCAUCAGAUCUAGCAAUGUUUGAUUGCUCAAAUAAUAACUUAUCUUCCAUUGAACCUAACUUUGGCAUGUAUCUUAGAAAUGCCAUCUACAUAAAUUUUUCAAAAAAUAAAGUAAGUGGCCAUAUACCACUUUCAAUUUGUAGUUUAAACAAACUUGAGUUUGUGGACUUAGUUUACAAUUACUUUAGUGGACCAAUUCCAUCCUGUCUUAUGGAAAAAGCUGACCUGAUGAGCAUAUUGAGGUUAAGAGAAAACAAGUUACAUGGCGUUCUACCUGAAAAUAUUAGAGAAGGAUGUAAGCUUCAGACAAUUGAUUUGAAUGGAAAUCAAAUUGAAGGUGCGCUACCUAGAUCUCUAGAGAAUUGCCAGGAUUUAGAGGUUCUUGAUGUUGGUAAUAAUCAGAUUGUGGAUUCAUUUCCAUCAUGGAUGGGUACUCUUCCAAAGCUUCGAAUUCUCGUGUUGAGAUCUAACCAACUCCAUGGCAGUAUAAGGGACCUUCAGGAUGGCUACCAACACUUCACAAGUUUACAGAUAGUUGAUUUGGCCUCCAACCAUUUCUCUGGUGAGUUGCAUUCAGAAUGGUUUGAGAAUUUGGGAGCAUAGAUGAUGAAUAACAGCAACGAUGUGGGGCAAAUAUUAGAGCAUCAUACAAAUUCAACAUGGAAAGGAGUCUAUCAAGAUACUGUUAUUGUCACAUUCAAAGAUGCCGCUUUAAGUAUCAACAAAAUCCAAACUGCUUUCAAAGUAAUUGAUUUCUCAAACAACUCAUUUGAGGGUUCCAUUCCGGGUUCCAUUGGAAGGCUUGUUUCACUUCAUGGACUUGACAUGUCGCACAGUAACUUCACAGGAAUAAUUCCAUCAGAACUUGGUAACAUAACGAGGCUGGAAUCAAUGGAUCUCUCUUGCAACUCUCUCUCCGGAGAAAUUCUACAGGAGUUUACCUCUCUAACUUCUCUUUCAUGGUUGAACCUUUCGUACAACAACUUGACAGGAAGAAUACCACAGGGAAACCAAUUCUUGUCAUUUCCCAGCAGCUUGUUUGAAGGCAAUGCUGGCCUAUGUGGAAUUCAGCUUUCUAAGCAAUGUGACAAUCCAGGUCCAGAUUCAACCACCCGAAGCAUAUCGGCUCCAGAACCCAAUACUUUAUGGCAGGACAGACUUGAUGCCAUCAUUUUCUUCCUCUUUGAUGGCUUGGGAUUUGGCGUGGGUUUUGCAUUGGCAAUCAUAUUCAGAUCCUUUUACCAUAUAGAAGGAUGGCUUGGCAAGCACAUGUAUUAG